UUUUACUUUUUAAACUUAGAUGUUAAGAACCCCGAUAUUGAUAAAAAUAAUGAUAAUCCCGACAACCUGUGCGCGCUAUGCGAAGACGAAUGCAGGACUAAUAAGGGAAAGUACUCUGGUUACAGCGGCGCCCUGAAGUGCUUGAUGGAUGAUGUGGGUGAAGUGGCAUUUGUAAAGCAUACAACCGUGCCGGCAAAUUCAAGUGGUUACUUGUACCUGUGCGAGAAUGGAGGGACUGGUGCAAUUGGAAACCACGAUAAGUGCAACCUAGCUGAAGUUCCCACUCAUGCUGUAAUGACGAGAGAGGGAAGCAGUGACAAAGCAAACUACGCUAGCAUCUUGUUAAAAGCAUCAGAUGAGUAUGGAAACGAUACCGGGUCUGUGUUCAGGAUGUUUGACUCAGGCAAGUGGGCCGGAAAAGAUCUUCUUUUCAAAGAUUCCACGAUCAAGCUUGUAGACGUCAGUGCUAAGAACUACACGGCGUUGCUUGGAUACAGUUAUUUGAAAGACCUCGAGGCGUUGAAUGCAUGCCCAACCACACCCAUCCCAGCGACAACCACCCCAACCUCAGGAACCAAGCAGAAUAGGCCCUACUUUAUUGGUUCUGUCGUUUUCGUGUUGACAGCUCUGUUCCUGUCCGGAGCUGUAUAUCACUGAAAACCUUUACCAGAUAACUCAUCCAAGAGCUGCAGAUUCUAGAAGUGUAACUACUAGCUUAUGUAAUUUUUUAUUUGUCUAAUUUGGUAGCUAGAGUUUUCGCCGAUGUCACUUUGCUACAGUAAUAUAGCCUGAAAAUUCCCGGUAGAAACUAGAACUUUAGUUGCCGAAUUGCAGAGGUUCCACGCUUGUUACUCAACGCUAUUCGUCACGGUCCGACCGAGUGCUGCGUAAGAAAUCUUAAUACAGUUGUUGACCAGCCGGCUGAUGUCGGCGUAGUUCAAGUCAAUGCAUUUUUUUUUUGUAAUACGAGUGUAACUGGCCUUGCAUGUAGUUCAUCGUUUUAUCCUUAAAAAUACUGAUAGACAAAGCUACGUGGAUAUUGAAGAUAAAACGGCAAGUGAGGUAUAACAAA